AUGAAUUUCAACUAUGGAAAUUCAUCUUAUAUACCAUCUUCUUCUUCUUCUUCAUCUUCUUCUUCAGAUGAUAAUUAUUACGAGGACAUACAAAACCAAGUAGUAUCUCAAAUUACUGCUAACAACAAUUUUCUCAUCACUCAUAACCUAUCUAACUCGGAGGGUUCCCACGGUGGAUCUAUUCCGGGUCAUGUAGUUAUCAACCGUGACCGAGAAACUUCUUCUCGCAAUCUGUUCAAUGAUUAUUUUUCAGAUAAUCCUUUGUUCUCGGAGACGAUGUUCCGACGAAGAUUUCGGAUGAGCCAUCCUUUGUUUAUGCAUAUUCAUGAUGCUAUACAAAGAUAUGACAACUACUUUGUCCAGCGAAGAGAUGGUGUUGGUAGACUUGGGUUGUCUGGUCUGCAAAAAAUAACUGCUGUAUUUCGGAUGUUGGCGUAUGGGUUGCCGACGGAUUCCACCGAUGAGUACAUCAAAAUAGGAGAGUCCACUGCUAUAGAAAGUAUGAAACGAUUAUGUCGUGCUGUUGUCGAGGUCUUUGGAAGUCGUUACCUUAGAACACCUGACGCUAAUGAUGUUGAACGACUACUUCAGAUUAGAGAACGCCGAGGAUUUCCAGCUGAAGGAACUGCUCCACCCGCUAAUUACGUUAUUAAUGGGAAAAUUUAUAAUACGGGUUAUUAUUUAGCUGAUGGUAUAUAUCCAAAAUGGUCCACUCUUGUUCAAACAAUUCACGAUCCACGUGGUCCCAAAAAACAAUUAUUUGCAAAGAAGCAAGAAGCUUGUAGAAAAGAUGUGGAACGUGCAUUCGGAGUAUUACAGUCACGAUUUGCAAUUGUGGCUGGACCAGCACGCUUUUGGAGUAAGAAAGUGUUACAUGAUAUAAUGACAACUUGUAUCAUAAUGCAUAAUAUGAUCAUAGAGGAUGAACGUGAUGUUGAUGCAAUAAUUGAAGAACGAACAGAAGUCCCAGCUGCUGAAGUUGAGAUGACGGGUGAAGAUGAUGCUCGAUUUCAAGAAUUCUUAGCUCGACAUAGAAAAAUUAAGGAUCGAGAAGCGCAUAUUGAACUUCGUAAUGAUUUAAUUGAACACUUGUGUUCUGAAUAUACUAAUUCUGAAAAUUAG